AUGGGUCUACCGGAACUGAAGCCCGGAGUCACGUCCGCUCGAUCAGUCAAAGCAUUCUACGACCAGCGAUACCAGGACUUGAUCGACUCUGGAGAGUAUGUGCCUUUCCUCUACCCAUGGGCCACGGUAGGAGCGGCUGUAGUACUUGUAUACCUCCUGAUUGAUCACCGCCGGUCUCGGAUUCUCCAAGCCCUUCGCUUCCCACUCUUCGGAUUUCUGUGUGCCUUCUCGGCAUGGAGCAUUCUCAAUCACAAGGCUAGGAGCGCCGCGGCAGCGUAUGGAGUAGGACUGGUGCAGUCAUGGGGUACUCUGUGGACGGGCGCCAUCAUCUUCUUCAAUGAUUGCCAGACCGAUUUCAAAAGGAUUGAGCGAGCAGACGCGCAUGAGACCAACACUGCCAGCAAGAACGCUUCCAAUGGAUCAGCAACCAGAAUUCAUGAAAAUGGAAUGAUCAAGACUGGAUCUUCUUCUACGGGAGGGGUUUCACGAAAACCAGGCUCGUUGAUUUGGCAGUCAUACCCAGAAAGCUUUUCUAUCAAACGUCUAGACUGGAUCGCAGACGUCUUCUGCAGCUUCCGAGGCGUAGGCUGGUCUUUCGAAACAAACGGCAUUCCCCCACUGCCAGACUAUGCAGAACUCGAACUCCACGGCAAUAACAAGCUAGCUCGCCCGAGCACAAGCAACGAAACAAUGACCAUCUCUCGCACCGGCAUCCGACGCUUCACCGACCGCACAGCUCUUCUCAAAGACACUAUAAUCCGCCUAACACUCGGCGCCAUGGCCCUCGACACCAUCAAGUGCCUCAUGCACCACGACGCCUACUUCUGGGGCUACAUGGACGCCCCACCACCCGCCUGGCUCUUUCCUCACCUCCAACCCCUGCCUCCCAGCCUCAGCCCAACAAUCCUAAAAUCCUACCGCCUCCUCCUCUCCCUGUUCGGAAUCCACUUCUCCCUCCACCAAAUCUUCCGCCUCGGCCCCCUCCUCUUCGUCGAAAUCCUCGGCCCCAGCAAAAUCCUAGGUCUCCGAAGCGAACCAUGGAUGAACCCCCCGGACGCAUUCGGAGCCCUUUUCUCCCCCAUAUUCGACCAAGGCCUUUCCGGCUGGUGGGGAAAUUUCUGGCAUCAAAUGUUCAGAUUCUCAUUCGAAGCCCCUUCGACUCGAGUUCGAGAAAUUUUCAAAAUUCCGAAACGGAGCGAGAAGGGGAAAAUUUUGGGGCUGGGGAUUGCGUUCUUUUUCUCGGGAUUUUUGCAUGCGUGUGGGAGUUUUACGCAGCUCGGGAAUACGAGGCCGGGGUUGGGACCUUUUAUGUUUUUUCAGUGGCAGACGGUUGGGGUUGUGGGACAGAUGUUCGUGGCGAAGAAAUUGAAAAAUGCGGGUGUCACGGAUCAGAUGCCGAAGGGGAUACGACAGAUGACGAAUUUCUUGGUCACGAUUGUUUGGAUGUAUUGGACUGCGCCUUUGCUGGUGGAUGAUUUCGCGAAGGGUGGUGUGUGGCUGUAUGAACCACUUGCUUUCAGUCCUCUGCGCGCAUUGGGCUUUGGAGCGGCAGAUGAUAGAUGUUGGGAUCUUUGGCAUGGGCUCAUAUUUUGGCAUCAAGGAGAGCAUUGGUGGAAUAGCGGUCUUGCGUUCUGA